AUGUGUUCUCAAGAAGCCGCAAGAAAAAAAGAACGCGAAGCGAGAAAAAAAGUUGUUCAAUUUAUUUAUUCAUGUGAUAUCUACGUCUGUUUUUCACUUUUCACUUUUUUUUCGAUGGCCAAGGAUUUUUCCAGGAAUCUUGUUUGUUUGAAUGAGAAGAACUCGAGUUACUUUUUUUGGAAUUUUGAAAUUCGAACAUAAUGCUCUUUUUAGUUUCAGAAUCAAAAGUUCCCCCUAAAUUUAAAAUGAUUUCAGAAUUUUUAAGAUGUUGAACUAAAAGUUCUAACUUCUCCAACCUACUUUAAACGCCCCCACAAUGAAUAUUUCACCAAAAAUCCAUCAAAGAAGAAAAGUGUACUUCGAAAAAAGAAGAAGAGAAGAUAAGCUCGUAAAACCCGCAUUAUUCAUUUGUUCUUUUUUUUCCAAAGAUGGACAAGAAUAGACUUUUUGUUCGAUUUUCUUGCUUUUUUCUUCUUGAUGUGAAGAGUUUAUGGCCACUUUUGGUAGUUGGGAAUAAAAAAACAUGUUGCAUGAUGAGAUAACAACAGCCUUUGAAGCUUCUUUUUGUUUUUGAGAAAAGCUUUCGGUUUUUUGGAAUUCCAAAAAUAUAGGCUCUUUUAACAAAAUUUGAGGUUCAAGGAAAUUUUAUAAUUUUCAAAUCUUCAUAAAACUAAAUUUUCGAGGAAAAAAUUAUUACCAAGUUGAAACAGUAAAUUUUUUCCGACGAUAUUAAUUUACAAAUAAUGAUUUGAAUAACUAUUACCUCAAUGAUAGCUCAUUUGGAGCUUAGAAAAAUAAUUUGUUAGAUAGAGCACGUUUGCAACAUCGUCCCCCAAUUUCAAAAAGAUCCGGAACAUUUUGGUUUAGUGAUCAUUCUUUUUUUUAUUUCUCGAUUUUCAUGUCAGUCACAAGAAACGAAAUUGAUAUGGCCACUUCUUCUUCUUCUUCUUUCCUAGUUUCUUCUUGCUUUUUUCUUCUUCUUCUUCUUUCUCUAUUUGCCUAAUGAGACAUGGCUAACCAACCUUACUCCUCACUCAAUCAACUUUUUUCCGCAUUUCUGUUGUUUUUCUAACUUUUCCACAAAAAGUCAACCAAAAUCGUGUGUGAAUUAAUUUAAAAUUCAAAAUGAAAUAUUUAUUUAGUUUGAUGUCGAAAAGGUUUUUCGCCGCGUAUUUCAAUUUCACUUUUUUUGGCUGGUUAUUGAUAUUUGUUUCAUAAGAAAUUAUAGGGUUUCUUCUUUCUUCCGCCCUCAAUUUUUCCCAAAAAAAACGGAGGAAAAAUUCAAUUUGAAAAAAAAAACUCAAUUCUGGAAACGAGAAUAUUUCUUCUAUUCUCGUUUGUCUUUUUGAUAUUUUUAAACAAAGUUUUCUUGUUUUUUUCCAGAUUUGAAUGUAUGCGUUUCGAACAAAUUGAAAUUGGUCGUUUGAUUUUUCUCUACCUGAUUCCUAUCCUAUUCAAUAUCGAAAAAAGUUCACUCGGCCCAUUGUUAUUCUUGUAUAGCAUUAAAUUAUAGGUGGGUUGGUUGGUUGAUUUUUGAGAUUUUAUUUUAUGAAAUUUGAGAGUCAUGUGAACAUCUUUUCUUAUUUCUAGACAGCGUGUUCUCUCACCAAAUGAUCAAGUUGCACCAGCACAGACAAAGGAUAAUUUGACGGAACUUUUUGACGAAUUAACAAGGGUAGGUUAUUUGGAUUUUAAGCGAGGCUAAAAGUUAGAUGUGAUCAGAAACGUUUUCAAAAUUAUGUGACCUCUGAUUUGAGUUAAAUUUUUGAGCCCCAAAAAGAUUUAGUUUACAAAAAUUUUAAAAAUCUCACUGUUUCAAAAUUUUCACAAAAUUCUAUAACGAAAAAUCACCGAAUUCCACUUGAAAAACAUAAAGCUUGUUUCAAAAUUUUCAAAGAAAAAAAGUUUUUUUAAAAAAAAAACAAAUUUUUUUCAAAAAAUGAGCCAAUUUUGUAAUUUCAGCUUCAAAUCUCGCACCCAAUAGUUUCAUCAGGAUGUGCUGACGUGGCAUUAACAGCUCAAUUGACAUUUUUCAAUACUCCACAUGUUCAAUGUUCAGGUUCUUGUGCAAAAAUGAAUUUCAAUUUUCAAGGAGAAAAAAUUGUGUUACGAAAUUGUUUUUCGAAAUUCCCAUCGAUUCAUAAAAUCAAUCACACAUGUCGCGUUCCCGGAGAAGAGCCAUCUGAAUUGUGAGUUUUAUAUUUUUCUCAGAUCAUAAAAUGAGAAAAAUUUUCAGAGCUCUUGGCGAUUUUCGAAAUGUGAGUAUUUGUCAAUGUAACAAUGAUUUAUGCAAUUCAUCCUGGAACACUAAUUAUAGCACAUUUUUAGCAAUUUUUUUGACUUUCAAUUUCAUCACACGGGUUUUCUCAUAA